AUGAGUGACACUGCUCCCCCUCCCUCCACGCAGCCCGGCAACGGAAAUGCUGGUGCUCCCCCUCCCAGCCAUGAUGAGGCGUGGAUCUCAGACCUGGUAGACAGUCUGGUACCCAAAUUUCAAGCGGCGGGAAGCACAUCAGCUGGCGACUCUGCUAUGCGCACUGAUGACGAAGGCAAGUCCACGCAUUAUUGCCGCAAUGCCUACCCGCGCUCAGUCCCCUGGGCCUCACUGCAGGACCAUCACGGCACCCACGCCAGCGGCGCAUCUCCAUGUCGCUGUCAUGAUCCUCGAGCUUGUUCAACCCUUGAAUUUAUGGGCAACAACAUGAACUAG